AGCCCAGGCCCUGCCUCCCGGACACACCGACGCUCACGUAGUCGCCCUUGCCACAACCCUGCGGGCUCUCCGAUGCGGCGAGCGAGCUGGGGAGGGGGCUUCUCUGCGGCCCAAAAGGGUUCCAGCCUAUUCAUCUAGCCCCAUGAUGGCCGUGGACAUCGAGUACAGGUACGGCUGCAUGGCUCCUUCCUUGCGCCGAGAGAGGUUUGCCUUUAAGAUCUCACCAAAGCCCAGCAAACCACUGAGGCCUUGUAUUCAGCUGAGCAGCAAGAAGGAAGCCAGUGGAAUGGUGGCCCCAGCUGUCCAGGAGAAGAAGGUGAAAAAGCGGGUGUCCUUCGCAGACAACCAAGGGCUGGCCUUGACAAUGGUCAAAGUGUUCUCAGAAUUCGAUGAGCCGCUAGAUAUCACAUUCAACAUCACCGAGCUCCUAGACAGCAUUGUGAGCUUGACGACAGCAGAGAGCGAGAGCUUUGUCCUGGAUUUUUCCCAGCCCUCUGCAGAUUACUUAGACUUUAGAAAUCGACUUCAGGCUGACCACGUCUGCCUUGAGAACUGUGUGCUCAAGGACAGGGCCAUUGCAGGCACUGUGAAGGUUCAGAACCUUGCAUUCGAGAAGACCGUGAAAAUAAGGAUGACGUUUGACACCUGGAAGAGCUACACAGACUUUCCUUGUCAGUACGUGAAGGACACUUACGCUGGUUCAGACAGGGACACGUUCUCCUUCCAUAUCAGCUUGCCCGAGAAGAUUCAGUCUUAUGAAAGAAUGGAGUUUGCUGUGUACUACGAGUGCAAUGGACAGACGCACUGGGACAGCAACAGAGGCAAGAACUAUAGGAUCAUCCGGGCUGAGUUAAAAUCUACCCAGGGAACGACCAAGCCCCACAAUGGACCGGAUUUGGGAAUAUCCUUUGACCAAUUUGGAAGCCCUCGGUGUUCCUAUGGUCUGUUUCCAGAGUGGCCAAGUUACUUGGGAUACGAAAAGCUAGGGCCCUACUACUAGUGACUGCGGGUGACAGGGCGUGGCAGAGCUGCCGCAGACAAGCCUAGCUCUGCUCACUGUGCAGUGGAGAUGGAAGGCCAGGGAGGAGCAAAGUGGAACUUCCAUGAGGCCCAGUUUGGGAAAAUAAAAGGAUCCUCUUCACUUCUUUCUUAAACCAGAAAAUCCAGCCAGGUUCAGAUUACACAAUUGGUGUCUCCCUCAAAGAAGCGGUGGUGGCUGGCGCGCUUGGGCACUGUGGCAGCCACGAGAGUCUGUGCAGGUCUGUGCUGGAAAGGGUAUGGAUGGGAACCAAGCCUGUGCCAGUGCUGAUGAAGCUGUAGGAGCUGAUGAAGCUGGAAGGAUCUCUGCUCUCCACUCAGAGGAGAGCAGAAAAAGCCGCUCAGCCCCGGCCACCUCGCGUUGGACCCUCACUGUUUGUCGUGUUCAUCUUUGGGUGCUCUCUGCCAGCCAGGCCUUUCCUGCAAGCUGCUGUGCUUCCCCGUCCACGUGUAUCUCUGUGCUGUGACACACUGACCUGACGCACGUUUCCAAUGCAGCUGCAGAAGAGAAAUGGGAUUGGCUCUUGUUUUCUGAAAGUUCAUCUUUUGCAUUUUAUGUUUUUCCACAAUCGAUCUGACGUUCAGGAAAAGAUAAUAAAGGCAAAAUGGUUGGUGAUUGAGAUAGGCAUUUCCUCCCCGCUUUUCUUGACCCCACAGAUCUAUUCCAGCGGAGAGCAACACACCAGUCAUCAAAACCCACUGGUUCCUAUGCGGUGGCACAGAUUGCAGGGUUCUGACGAGGCAGGACAGUCAUGAGUGGGGACAUUUUCCGCUUCUCCUCUUGCCUUCUAGGGGGAGCUUUCUAAGUCCCCACAUUUACCCUGAAUCACCGGGAAAAUCUGAUUUUUCCUUGGAAAGCUCAAUGACAAGAUUUGUUUUAACUUACUUGGCUGGUUUCAUUCUUUAUGAAAGAAUUUUGGAUCUCCCUUCCUGAAGUGUCGUCUUUUCUGCUGUGUUUAGGACAUUUGAUUUGCAGAUCCAAUGUUUCCUCAAAACCUGCAGAAAAUGGUUUUAUCUUGACUGUGAUUUACAAUAUCUAGAACACUUUACCAGCACCCAGGGACACGGAUUUGGGUGUUCUUAUUUAUGGUGUGUAUGGAAAGGGAUAGGGGAGAAAAACCUCACCCAAGUUCUUAUAGGUUAUUUUAAAUGUUUGCCAACUCUGACAUUUCAGAGAUUCGUUGUUCUUAACCAUAUUGGACUAAAGUCUGUUGGUUAGUGCUGUUGUGAAAGAGACCUCCGGGGCCGAGUGUGGUAGCUCAUGCCUGUAAUCUCCGCACUUUGGGAGGCCGCGGCGGGCAGAUCACCUGAUGUCAGGCGUUCAAGACCAGCCUGGCCAACGUGGUACAACCCCAUCUGUACUAAAAAUACAAAAUUUAGCUGAGUGUGAUGGCAGGCGCCUGUAAUCCAGCUACUCGGGAGGCUGAGGCAGGAGAAUCACUUGAACCCGGGAGGUGGAGGUUGCAGUGAGCCAAGAUCAUCAUGUCACUGCAUUCCAGCCUGAGCAACAUAGUGAAACUGUGUCUCAAAAAAAAAGAGAGACCUCUGGGACAAUCAUUAUCAGAUAGACCCCAAACCUGUGAUUUUUCUUGGGUAAGAUUGGUAUUUACUUAGGGGUGCUUUAAAAAUAUUUUUUUACAUGUAUAUUUGUAAGAAAUUGGGUUUUUUUUUUUUUCUUUCUAUUUUUGUUUGUUUUUGGAGUUUGGUUAAAUGACUCUUUUAUUUGCUGUUUUGCCUGAUCUUACUAAAGUGAAGUUUUCCUAAGGCAAGCAAGAAGAGGAGUGGAAGCACAGUUGCCUGGAUUUGGAGGCACAGCUGUUAGGCUUUUCAAGCUAAGAGUCUUGUGCUUGGGUUUUCCAGAUUAAUUUGAAAAGACCUCCCAUCGGUGGCUUUGUACAUAACCAACAGGCAGAUAUUGAGUGCCUUGGCUCCUAGAGUUUUGUGGUUGGGUUAGGUUGUUUUUGUUGGUGGUGGUGUUUUGUUUUGUUUUUGUUUUCAUUUUUGAAGUUUAAGAUGCCUUGACGUUUUAAAUGCUCUUAAAUGCUAUUCAAUGUAAUUCUUAUUCCUAAAACUGGCUGUUCUUAGCCUGAAUUCUAAUGCUUUGUUUUUUGUACCUCUCCCAGGUAGGUAACACUCUAGGAUCACAUGAUAAUAUAAUUUUAGGGGAAAUCACAUUUUUACCUUACGCUGUUACUGGGCAGAACCAUGUUGUAUGUAAACAUACCAGACAUCGGGUAACAGACAGUACUUUAAAUGUUGUAAAUUUGGUGAUCAGAGCUAUUAAUAGCAUAAAUUGAACUCAAAUGGAACAAAACUGAUGUCAUGUAGGUCCUGAAUUUUACUUUGCAUUAAGAAGUGCCCUCCCCACAAUGCAGGAAAGGCACAGAGUGCACUGGCAUUGACAUGUUACCCAACUAAGGAUCAUUCUGUGUUCAUAAGAAAAAGGCCUGCAGUGACUCUGUUUAAUAAAGUCAGUUGAAUUUGAUCUAAUAAUGAUCUUAAGACAUUCCCAUGUCAAAAUUUGAAAUAUGAUAAUUCAGUGAUAACUAUCUCUUCUAAAGCAGCCGUAAACCCUUCCCACUACCCGUCUUUCUCCUAGCUCACCCUGGCUUUUUUUGCUGGGGGCACUGGUUGCAAGACCCCAGCCAGCACACCUGGGAUGCUCACCCCACCGCACCGUUCAGAAGGCAAGUCCUCACCCGCUCGCAGAGACCCUUCUUCUCCAAUAAAAGACUCUACUUGCCUGACUUUCCUCAUCAGGGCUGUCAUUCAGUGAUGUAUGGGGGUCUGAAAAAUACUGCCUUCUAGCUGGCUUCUGUUUACCACUCGCUCCCCUGCUACCCUCCUGCCACAAACAGUCUUUUUCCUUUUGGCCCAGUUCUGUCCCGUGAAAUUCUCAGAUGGCCUCAGGAGCUGCACUGAUGGCUUCUCUCCUUGUUUGAUAGCUCUUCAUCAGUAGAUAAGCCUACACACUUCAGAGGGUGACAGGUUCCUUAGCUGGAAACUUCACUGCAGCCUAACUUGUAGAUUUGCCUUCAGACAGCUCUUGGUUAUGGUAACAAGUGACCCUUGAGUCCCAGAAUCUUUCCCAGGUUGCCCCAGAAAGACCAGCCACCUGGCACAGGUGCAGCUGUCCGGGAACAGGGAAGCAACUUCAUUUUUGUUGUAUAUUUAUUCCCUCAAGUGCCCUGCGGAGCAUUUGCCAGCUGGGUACAAUAAAUAAGCUGGAUUAUAUACAGAUAAUUAAUAAAUAAGCUUUCAGUAUCUCUUGGAAGACAUGAAGCAUUUGAGUGGGUUUCUUUAUUUAAAAAAUGAUUGUUCUACUGGAGCUGGUGAGAAAUAAUGGAGGCGUGCAGUUCUCCAGAAAUUAAAACAAUUUCAGAGUCAAUGGUAGAAUUUAAUUUACCUCUAAGAUUUCAUUUUAAUGGUGGUAAAAUAUGAUACAUUUUUAGAAGAUGUCAAUUUGGAACUGUUAGGAGAUUGCUUUGUGGUUUUGAUCUUUUCAAACCGUUUUCUUUUUGAAAAAAGGCAUUAGUUGUAGUCACAUGGACAUUAAAUGGGCCACAUAUGCUUAUCAAUCAAGAAAGUGUUCAUUUUUUUUGGAACUGCCCAUUUUCUGGAUCUUCCCUCUCAAUGGAUAGGGGAUGAAAACCUUGGUUGCCUUUUAUUUGUUUCCUCUUCUAAAAUUUCUCACCUGAAUGUAGUCCUGGGAGAGUCCCGAUCACAUCUCUCCUGACAUGUUCACUGAAAUUGGAGACAAGAAGUUACAUGGAUAAUGGGAUCUUGCAGGGUCACACGAAGACAAUUUGGCAGCUUAUCUUAAUUCCUACAGUGAGACAACACAUCUGGAACUGGGAAGGACAGCUGUUGUUACGGGCAGUUUUUCCUGGUCAUGGCUGUAAAGCUCUGCAACCCACGUUGUAAAACUGUGAAUGUUUUCAGUCUUGUUGACGAGUUUUUAGACUGCUGGACCUCUGAGGGCUUUGAGAGCGCAGCUGUGAGGAUGUUUCACUUGUACUUCAAUGCGAAUGUAGAACCAAGGACUCAUCUUCAUUUUAUACCUAAAAGUGCCUUGUCAAGAAAUUUCUGCAUGUUUUACAAGAUAAAUAUUUUUGUACACAAAGUUCAAGGGGAAAUGCACUUUAAAAAUCCCACGAAUGGAUGUUUUUUGUGUGGUAUGAGAGGUUUGUUUGUAUCUCAAGAGCAAAAAUGUAAUAAAGGAAGACAAAACAAAACUGAAA